AUGCAUCAGUUCCAAGUCUCUAUCGAAACACCGCUGGACGAACCGGAACCGCUCCGACAAGCUCAACCGCGGCCCGUCAUUCCACGUCCAGCAACGUCAUACCUGGACGGUCUACGCGGCAUCGCUGCCCUACUUGUCUACACCUAUCACUUUUCCAUGGCCCUGGACGGCAAGCGGCUGCGGCACGGUUAUGGCCCUCACAACUCCUCGCUUCUCUCGCUCCCAGUCUUGCGGCUGGUUCGACACUCGGGCCCAGCCAUGGUGUCCAUCUUCUUUGUCAUCUCGGGCUAUGUCCUCAGUGUAGCGCCCUUGCGCCACGCUCGCUGGCGGCAGUGGGAUCAGCUUUUGGCCUACCUUUCCGGAGCUGUCAUGAUGCGUCCUGUUCGGCUGUUGCUUCCAAGCAUUCUGUUGACUGUCGCCAGCCUCGUGCUCGCCUGGUUGGGCUAUUAUGAGCGUGCUGCGCGAGAGAUAUGCCCUCCUCAUCCCAAUAUAUCUUCUUCCUCAUCACAUGAAUGCGACUUUUAUCCCGUAACGCCGCCGCAUCUUGGGAGUGUGCUCGCCCAGGUCGUUGACUGGUUCCACUUUGUGGUGCGCGACCUGGCCAAUCCCUGGGACUGGGAGGCCGGGCUCAGACCCGCGUCAGCCUACGGUCUCCAUUUAUGGACGGUGGGGGCCGAACUCCGCUGCUCCAUUGUCCUAUUUGCCGUGCUCGCCACGCUGCUCCCAUGCACACGGCCAUUUGUGCGCGUCAGCAUAUGGCUAGCCUUGUUGGUGUUUUGCGCCCUAUGGCAGAGAUGGGACAUGGCGGCCUUUCUUGCUGGUCUGGGCCUGGCUGUAGGAGAUGCUGACGACAACGACAACAACACGGAGCAGGACGACGGCGGACUCUUCGAUUGCGGCACAACACAGAACGACUAUCUGUCCGGGGUUCGCAGCGCAGAUACACCGGCUACGGCGGCAGCAAUGGCAUACAUUCGGUGCGGCCCUGAUGUUGUGGUCCACCCGGAGAGUGCUCCCAGUCCGACGCUUUCUCUCAUCAUCGGCUAG